GGUUUCCAUUGUCAGUCCACUCGAUGCGCACUACAUUAUCUGUGGAGAGGGGUGACGAGAAUAAAUGGCUGUUCUCCCCAUUGUCCUUUCGCCGGGCGCGCCGCGGGCAGCCCCGAAGGCUCGACUGCGCCUGCGUGGGGCCCUUCCUCCGUCUCUGUGCCGGCGUCAUGGCCGCCUCCAUGGCUACCCGGGCCAGGAGUCUGCUGUGGGCUGGCGCCGCUUGGCUGCGUCCAGGAGGCAUCAGAGAGCUACUCCGGCCGCGAAUUGAAGGCUGGUGGAAGGUGCCGCUCGCCAAGGAGGGCCGGAAGCCGCGCCUGCACCGGCGACACCGCGUUUAUAAACUGGUGGAGGACACGAAACACCGGCCCAAAGAUGACCUGGAGCUCAUCCUCACGCAGUCUGUGGACGAAAUUGGAGUUCGGGGCGAUCUGGUCUCAGUGAAGAAGUCUGUGGGUCGAAAUAAACUCCUUCCUCAGGGGCUGGCUGUGUAUGCAUCCCCUGAAAAUAAGAAGCUGUUUGAAGAGGAGAGAUUGCUGAGACAAGAAGGAACACUGGAGAAGAUCCAGACGAAGGCAGGAGAGGCGACAGUGAAAUUUCUGAGAAGCUGUCAUCUAGAGGUGGGAAUGAAGAACAACAUCAAAUGGAAGCUAAAUCCUGAAAUAGUUGCCCGCCACUUCUUCAAGAAUCUUGGUGUUGUGGUUGCCCCACAUGCUCUGAAGUUACCAGAGGACCCUAUCACGCGGUGGGGCGAGUACUGGUGUGAUGUGACUGUAAAUGGACUCGACACUGUAAGGGUUCCUAUGUCCGUAGUGCUCUUUCAGAAGCCCAAGACCAAAAGAUACAAGCACUGGUUAGCUCAACAAGCUGCCAAGAGCACAGCCCCCACCAGCUCCCAGUCAGUCUGAAUGUCCUCUGCCUCCAAGACAAGCAGUCAGAAGAGCAUUGGAGCAAAGCGGGCCAGCACUUGAAGCUGACCCAGCCCCAAGCAAGCAUGGAUUGUAGGAAACAUGGACUCAGCAGACCGAACUGCACAUACAUGUAAGGCUCACUGUGUUUGUCAUCUCUGCCGUCAGUGUCAUCUCAGCCAGCUGUAUCAGAGUGUUCUGCAGGCAGUAGAUUUCAUAAGCUGAAUAUCAGUGAACUGAAACAGUCUCCUUAGCCCUUCCUUCCAUUGGAGAGUGCACGGGAAGGGCCCGGCCAUGGUUCUAACAAUCGCUGUGUCUCAUGCAGAAAUAAAGAACUGUUUAACUGGA